GCAGGCCCGAUCGUGGCAACGCCCUCACAUUUAUGUGCCGGACAGACCCCAUUCUUAGAUCAACGUGCAGGAUAUUUAUUUAGACGCCAGAUUUAGGAGAGACAUUUUUCAGGGGCCCUUCUCAACCUUCUUUUCCUCCUCAUGUCUCUGAUAUAUCGCCUCCAGAUCCGGGGGAUCCGGUCUUUCGAUCCCGAUACGACAGAGCAAAUCCAAUUUGGAAAGCCACUCACUGUCAUUACCGGACAAAAUGGGUCAGGCAAAACAACCAUCAUCGAAUGCCUCAAGUAUGCCACGACGGGGGACCUCCCACCCAACUCCAAGGGAGGAGCCUUCAUUCAUGACCCAAAAAUCACAGGCGAGCGUGAGGUCCGUGCUCAGGUUAAAUUGGGUUUCAAAAACGCAAGGGGAAUUUCGAUGACAACCACGCGGACGAUGCAACUUUUGGUGAAGAAGACGGCGACAACGUUCAAAACGCUCGAGGGCCAGCUUGUAGCGAUUAACAAGGGCGAGCGAGCAACCAUUUCGACUAAAUGCGCCGAGUUAGACACCCAGAUCCCGUUGUAUCUCGGCGUUUCCAAGGCCAUCCUCGAGUAUGUCAUCUUCUGCCACCAGGAGGACUCCCUCUGGCCGUUGUCGGAGCCUGCGGUAUUGAAAAAACGCUUUGACGAGAUCUUUGAGGCGCUAAAGUUCACCAAGGCGCUAGACACAAUCAAGGCCGUCCGAAAGGACAUGGCGGUCGAGGUUAAACUCUUGGAGCAGUCCGUUCAACAUCUCAAGGGCGAUAAGGAACGCGCGGAUAAGGCAAAGGCGCGCGUGGCACAGAUUGUCGCCAAAAUCAAUGCGUACUCCACAGAAAUAGCGGAUGUUUCCGCCAAGGCGGCCGAAAUUUCGGCAAAGUCCGACGCGUUGUUCGCGUCCAACCAGGAGUUUCAGGCAGUGUUGAGCCAGCUCGACACGUUAAAGCGGUCAGAGGCAUCGCUUGAGUCUCAGAUCACACGAUUGACCGCGAAUUUAGAAAUUUUGACGGCUAAUGACAAGGCUUUGCUCGCUCAGUUGGCGAAUUCGCUGGAGAUUAUGGCCGAAAAGGUCAAGCAAGUGGGCGUUAUGAAAGGUGAUUUGGCCAAAGCGUCGGAGAAAUUGACCGCGGCCAGAGUGGCUUACAGCCAUGCGAUUAGCGAAGAGGGCCAGUUGAAGGCGGCCGAGGCAAAGUAUUUCGGUGAUUUGGCCGAGCGAAACGCCUUGGUGAGAGCUAAUUUGGGAUUGGUCUCUGGAUCUGACUCCGUAGACAUCCAGAUAAGUCCCAAGGGCAUAUCUGAUGGCACUCCAGAUGGUUUAACGGAUGAGGAGGUGGAUAACUUUCUUCUAUCAUUAACCCAGCGGCUAGAGACCUUACGGCGAAAGCAUGCAGCGCUUGUCGCGGCCAACGAAUCGGCCAGGAAUGACCUCCUGGACCAGUUGAAGGUUCUCGGCGACAGCAAAAUGCGUGAGGAGCAGCACCGGCUCUACCAGGUUGCCGAUAUCCGGAAAAUCGAAGCCCUGAUGGAUGAAAUCCAAAUCAAACUUAACGCUUUGCUGUCGAACGAAGGUAGCAUUGCGUAUGAAAAAUCGCUUUUGGAGGAGUAUGCGAAAAAGCUCCUGGACUUCCAAGCGGAGGAUGUCCUUGGGCAACUCGCAGCAGACGUGCGGUCGGGCCAGACGAGACAGGGGGUUUUGGAGGCCGAGUUGGAGGAACUCCAAAAGAAGUUUCUGACGGCCAACCGCCAGUUCGAGAUCCACGGCAAGAUCAACUGGUUGAAAGAGGACGGGCUCCAUCGGCAGAACGCGCUCAAGGCGCUUGUGGAGAGCACCCGCGAGAAAGUCGAGGCUGCGGGGUUGACGAUGGCGGAUAGUGUCGCCGCCACAGAGGUUGAAGUGAGGGCGAGCAUUUCUCGGGCCCUGGCCGCGCUUGCCACGGCGAAUGCCUCAGGCGAGGAUGUCCGGCAGGCGAUUUCGUCCGUGGAAUCGAGUUCCGAGUACUCCACCAAUAAAGUCGCCCAGCUAAAGCAACUUUUGGCCGCAACGCGGGCCAAAAUCUACCAGACGCUUCCGGAAGAUGUUUCCCUCGACGAGUAUGACACGUACGUGAGAGAAUUGGAGGAGGACUACCAGGAAGCGCUCGAAGCAGAGAAGCUUGACGUGGCCACGAACCAGUUUAUCCUCAAGGCGCUCGAAAUCGCCCGGGAGAACCAUGCGUGCGCGUUGUGCCGCCGCGGGUUCACCCCCGCCUCGCCCGAGUACUCGCAGUUCAUAAUGCUUUUGGCGCAAAAGACGGAUGCAUUCGCCCAGACGGCACUGCAGGGCGAGCUUGAGGAGCUGAAACGUGAACUCGCCGCAGUCCGCAGCGUUGAGCGCGACAUUGCCGUCUGGCGCAGCACCGAGGCUGAGUUGCCCGAGGCUGAGGCAAGACGCACAGAGCUUGCGACGAGGCUAGCGGAACUAGCCAGCGAUAAGGACGCGGCUGAGCGCGCAUGUGACACGCGCCGCCGUGAAUUGGCUGCCCUCGAUGCGUUGCGUGUUCCCUUAGGCGAGAUCCUCGGGCUCGAAGCCGAGGCUUCCAAGCUUUCGGCCCAACUCUCAGAGAUGCAAGACAGCUUGAAGGAUUUCGGGGGCAGCUCUGUCGACGAGUUGAUGGCCCAGCAGCAAGACAAGAGCCAGACUUUGCGCGAGGUGCGGAUUCAGCUCAACCUGAGCCUCGAGUUGAAGGAUGUGCGGCACAGGGAGCAGUUGCGGUUGGAAAACAACGUGAAGGACAAGCGGUUGACGAUUAGCAAUCUCGAAAGGGAGUUGGUUGAGCGCGAUGGGCUUAGCAAAACGCUCGAUGAGUGCCUAGACCGAGCUGCGGAGUUGCGCGAGAGUGUUGCUAAGACCGACGGGGUGCUCGUGGGGCUUCAGAAGGAGUUUACGGCGACUAAUGAGCGGUUUGAGGCGUUUAUGGGGACUUCGGCAAGAGAAGAGGAAGUUUCCCAGACUGAGGUUGAGGCGGUUAGCAGGGUUCAUGGUAGCGUUGAGACGCUUGGCGCGAGCGUUUCCGCUUACUUGGCACGCGAUGCCGCGAUGUUGGCGGUCGCGCGCGCGGAGGUUGGGCGGCUCGCGGAAACAAUUGCGGCAUUGGAGACGCGCACGGCCGCGAUCGCGGAAGACAUCACGCGGCUCGAGAGGUCUAUUGCCGACACGGACAACACUGAGCGGGUCAUUCGCAGCAACUUGGACCUCCGCGCGAUGGAGACAGAGGCUGCGGCUAUUGCGGAGCAGAUUGCGCGCUUGGAUGUGCAGAAAGCAGAGGCCGCGCGCGAGCGGUACCAGGAGGAGUCGCGCGCGCUCCGCGACGAGUACACAGUGUUGAACGCGCAGCAUGCGGGCAAAUCCGGGGAGAUCCGCCAAAUGGAGGACCAGGUAGCGGGGCUCCGUAACGAGCUAAUUUCCGAGUAUAAGGACGUUGAGGAGCUCUACCGCCGUGAGUGGGUGCGUCUCCAGGUGAAAUCUCUUUCUUCCAGCGACUUGGGCAACUACUCGCUGGCAUUGGAUAAGGCGAUCAUGCAGUAUCACGGGGUCAAGAUGAAAGAGGUCAACCGGAUUGUCGAUGAGUUGUGGAAAAAGACGUACAGUGGGACGGACGUGGAUACGAUUUUGAUCAGGAGCGACGUUAACACGCAGGCAAAGGGGAACCGGUCGUACAAUUACCGUGUGGUGAUGGUGAAACAGGACGUGGAGCUUGACAUGAGGGGAAGAUGCUCGGCCGGGCAAAAGAUGUUGGCGUGCAUCAUCAUCCGGAUGGCGUUGGCAGAGUGUUUCGGGGUGAACUGCGGGAUGAUCGCGUUGGAUGAGCCAACGACAAACUUGGAUGCGGAGAACAUUGAGGCGUUGGCGCGCGCGUUGAAUCUGAUUAUUUCUGUGCGGAGGAACCAGAAGAACUUCCAGUUGAUUGUGAUUACCCAUGACGAGAAGUUUUUGGCACACAUGGGCGCGGUUCACUACACGGAUGUGUUCUACCGGGUGCAGCGAAACGAGAGACAGAAGUCGCAGAUCCAGCAGCUUAGCAUUAAUCAUUUGAACGAGUAGUAUAAAGGGUUAUUUUGGUUGAGCAUGAAGGUAGAGGGAAGGACAAUUGGCCGAACCAUAGGUAUGCGAGUCUCGACGCUUGUUCUGGUCCUUUCAUCUCCAAGGUAUGUUUUUUUUUAGGCAUAAAGCUCAAAUCUCCGAGUUUUACAUAAAAUAAGAAUCAAUAUUUUGGGUUAUCAAGCUUUCU